UCGACAGUAGGCGAUCUGUCGAUUCGUCCAUGUACUCGUCCAACGCAGGCUCGGCCUUAACGGCGCUGCAACUGGCCGUGGCCCUUCCCGACGUAUUCUCGCCGCAAGAGUAUGUCCGUGCCCUGCGUCGAAACCACGACGACGUGACCAAGGCCGCGGUGCAGCUCAAGGCAAAACAUGUAUGGUUGACGGCGAAUCAGUUCGACAACCUCAGUCUCGCCAAACCCUCCGUGCAGCGCGAGGUAAAGAAGCAAUACUUGCAGGUGCUGCACGACGCCACGGACAAGUGCAAGUGCCCCAUCGUGUUGUUCUCCGCGGCCAAGUUCCAUCCGACGCAGUCCACUGACAAACUCGUGACGGGCAACGAGCUGUGCACUGACCACGGUGGGGUCUCCCGCUCCGACGAAACGUCGAGCACCAUCGACGACGCGCGUCGUCUCAUCGUGUACAUGGUGACGUUGGCUGUCGAGCUCAUGGACGACGCGAACGCGCCAGGCAUCGUGUACCUCAUCGACAUGGACGGCGUGUCGUCGAACGUGGUCACGGAAGGCAGCGUCCACGUCGAGUUGCUGCGCAUGUUGAAGGCGUACUUCUGUGACACUGUGCAGUUUUGCUUUGUCGUCAACUUUUCGGCCAACGCGUGGAUCCAGCAAGCCACGGCGUACGUGCUCAAGACGACUCUAGGCGUGUCCGAUCGCACCCAGCCCAAGAUCAAGUUCAUCGCGGACGUCCGGGAGCUUCACCCGUACUUUCACGCCCCAUCGCUGCCCCAAGCAUUUGGCGGCAGCUACAAACUUAUGCCGGCUGCCGCUUGGAUGGACAUACAAGCUGACCUGGAAGGCCUCGACUUGGACAACUUACCCGCCGACGACGAAGAAACUGCGUACAUGACAAAGCAAGCGCGGGAGCUCAACGGGAUGCAAUACGCUGGAUGUUCCGUAAGCCAAGUCGUCGACAUGAACUCGACGGUGCUGCGCGGCCCGCUGUGGCGCAACAAGAGCGGCAUUAGCUGGGUCAAAACCUAUGCUGUGCUACGUCCAGACGCGCUCUUGCUGUACGAGCACAUCAAGGGCACGAUGCCCAUGGUGAUUAUUCCCGUCAACCACGACGUGGCGGUCACCGUGUCGCAGUUUGAGAAUGCCCCGAGGGGCGUGUUUGGGUUCCGUGUGGAUGUGGAGGGGGUGCCGGGGGGGCACUUGCUGGCCGCCGCGUCAGAAAAGGAGCGCGGCAACUGGCUCCAGGACAUUCAGAUGGGCAUCCAGGCGUUUCAAGAGCUCCAUGCUCGCGAAGUGUAUGAAGAAGAGCGCAAACUGCGCAUGGACGACGAGUUUCGUAAGCUCAACAUGAUUGACUUCUCCACCGACGUCGUAUCUGCGGCGCCGCCGCCGCCGCCACCGUCAUCUCCUUUGACCGCAUCCCACGGUUCAACACCGAGUAUGGCCGUACAUGGCGUGGCGAGCUUCAGCGGCACGAUGCAACCUACAUCGUUGAUGCCACUGGCUGGUUCUACACCAAUGGCCCCGCCGUACGGGUUCGCCGCCCUGUCACAGAUGCCACCCCAGCCCCACCAGCAAAUGCAACCUCCAGCCCAACACCUCCUGUAUGAGUUCAAUCAACCUCUUUCUUAUCCCCCAGCCAACCAAAGCCAGCCGUAUCCCAACCAGCAAGCGCAGUACCCUGUGCCGCCACCCCAGCCACCACUGGUGCAUCCUCCCCAACAACAAACCUUCUACCCUCCGUCGCAGCAGUAUUAUCAUCCGCCAGGGCAACAAACUCAACCUCCCCAGCAGCAUCCCCAUGCAUACUAUACGCAACCGCCACCGAAUGCAAGAUCGUUUUAAAGAUGGCUUUAAUACAUGGAACUGGUGGUGGCACCGUGUCA